AUGUCCAUCAAGGGCGCCAGGCUCAGCAUGUGGAGCAGACGGAAUGGCACGCUGGACAGCACGCGGACCCUGUACUCCAGCGUGUCGCGGAGCAUGGACGUGUCCUACAGCGAGAGUGACCUGGUGGACUUUAUUCAAGCAAAUUUUAAGAAACGAGAAUGUGUCUUCUUCACCAAAGAUUCCAAAGCCGGGGAAAAUGUGUGUAAGUGUGGCUACGCGCAGAGCCAGCACAUUGAAGGCACCCAGGUCAACCAGAACGAGAAAUGGAAUUAUAAGAAACACACCAAGGAGUUUCCCACUGAUGCCUUCGGGGAUAUUCAGUUUGAGAGUCUGGGCAAGAAAGGGAAGUAUAUCCGACUGUCCUGCGACACGGACGCCGAAAUCCUCUACGAGCUGCUGACCCAGCAUUGGCACCUGAAAACGCCCAACCUGGUCAUUUCUGUGACCGGCGGCGCCAAGAACUUCGCGCUGAAGCCGCGCAUGCGCAAGAUCUUCAGCCGCCUGAUCUACAUCGCGCAGUCCAAAGGCGCUUGGAUUCUAACGGGUGGCACCCAUUACGGCCUGAUGAAGUUCAUCGGGGAGGUGGUGCGAGACAACACCAUCAGCAGGAGCUCAGAGGAGAACAUCGCGGCCAUCGGCAUAGCGGCCUGGGGCAUGGUCUCCAACAGGGACACUCUCAUCCGGAACAGCGACGUUGAGGGCUGCUUUUCAGCACAGUACAUUAUGGACGACUUCAAGAGAGACCCUCUGCACAUCCUGGACAACAACCACACCCACCUGCUGCUGGUGGACAACGGCGGCCACGGACACCCCACGGUGGAGGCGAAGCUCCGGAACCAGCUGGAGAAGUACCUCUCUGAGCGCACCAUUCAAGAUUCCAACUAUGGCGGCAAGAUCCCCAUCGUGUGCUUUGCCCAGGGAGGUGGGAAGGAGACUUUGAAAGCCAUCAACACCUCCAUCAAGAGUAAAAUCCCCUGUGUGGUGGUGGAAGGCUCGGGGCAGAUCGCCGACGUGAUCGCCAGCCUGGUGGAGCUGGAGGACGCCCCCACAUCCUCCGUGGUCAAGGAGAAGCUGGUGCGCUUCCUGCCGCGCACACUGUCCCGGCUGCCUGAGGAGGAGAUCGAGAGCUGGAUCCGAUGGCUCAAAGAAAUCCUCGAAAGUUCUCACCUGUUAACAGUCAUUAAAAUGGAAGAAGCUGGGGACGAAAUUGUGAGCAACGCCCUCUCCUACGCUCUGUACAAAGCCUUCAGCACCAACGAGCAGGACAAAGACAACUGGAACGGGCAGCUGAAGCUGCUGCUGGAGUGGAACCAGCUGGACCUGGCCAGCGAGGAGAUCUUCACCAACGACCGCCGCUGGGAGUCCGAGGACCUGCGGGAAGUCAUGUUUAUGGCUCUCGUGAAGGACAGACCCAAGUUCGUCCGCCUGUUCCUGGAGAACGGCUUGAACCUGCGGAGGUUCCUCACCAGCGACAUCCUCACUGAGCUCUUCUCCAACCACUUCAGCACCCUGGUCUAUCGGAACCUGCAGAUCGCCAAGAACUCCUACAACGACGCCCUCCUCACGUUCGUCUGGAAACUGGUGGCCAACUUCCGAAGAGGCUUCCGGAAGGAAGACAGAAAUAGCCGGGACGAGACAGACGUAGAACUGCAGGACGUGUCUCCUAUUACUCGGCACCCGCUACAGGCGCUCUUCAUCUGGGCCGUUCUGCAGAACAAGAAGGAACUCUCCAAAGUCAUCUGGGAGCAGACCAGGGGCUGCACUCUGGCGGCCCUGGGGGCCAGCAAGCUCCUGAAGACCCUGGCCAAGGUGAAGAACGACAUCAAUGCCGCCGGGGAGUCCGAGGAGCUGGCCAACGAGUACGAGACCCGCGCGGUGGAGCUGUUCACCGAGUGCUACAGCAGCGACGAAGAGCUGGCCGAGCAGCUGCUGGUCUACUCCUGUGAGGCCUGGGGCGGAAGCAACUGUCUGGAGCUGGCGGUGGAGGCGACGGACCAGCAUUUCAUCGCCCAGCCCGGGGUCCAGAACUUCCUUUCCAAGCAGUGGUACGGGGAGAUCUCCCGAGACACCAAGAACUGGAAGAUCAUCCUGUGUUUGUUCGUCAUACCCUUGGUUGGCUGUGGCUUUGUAUCCUUUAGGAAGAAGCCGGGCGACAGGCCCAGGUCGCUGCUGUGGCACUACGUGGCCUUCUUCACGUCCCCCUUCGUGGUCUUCUCCUGGAACGUGGUCUUCUACAUCGCCUUCCUGCUGCUCUUCGCCUACGUGCUGCUCAUGGACUUCCACCCGGCGCCGCGCCCGCCCGAGCUGGUCCUCUACGGGCUGGUCUUCGUCCUGUUCUGCGACGAAGUGAGGCAGUGGUACAUGAACGGGGUCAACUACUUCACCAACCUGUGGAACGUCAUGGACACGCUUGGCCUCUUCUACUUCCUCGCGGGAAUCGCGUUUCGGCUCCACCCUUCUAACAAAACCGCUUUGUAUUCCGGACGAGUCAUUUUUUGCCUGGAUUAUAUUAUAUUCACACUGAGGCUGAUCCACAUUUUCACGGUUAGCAGGAAUCUGGGGCCCAAGAUUAUAAUGCUGCAGAGGAUGCUGAUUGACGUGUUCUUCUUCCUGUUCCUCUUCGCCGUGUGGAUGAUGGCCUUUGGCGUGGCCAGGCAAGGAAUCCUCCGGCAUAAUGAGCAUCGCUGGAGGUGGAUAUUCCGCUCGGUCAUCUACGAGCCCUACCUGGCCAUGUUCGGCCAGGUGCCCAGUGACGUGGACGGUACCACGUACGACUUUGCGCACUGCACGUUCACGGGGAACGAGUCCAAGCCGCUGUGCGUGGAGCUGGACGAGCACAACCUGCCGCGCUUCCCCGAGUGGAUCACCAUUCCCCUGGUGUGCAUCUACAUGUUAUCCACCAACAUCCUGCUGGUGAACCUGCUGGUCGCCAUGUUCGGCUACACCGUGGGCAUCGUCCAGGAGAACAACGACCAGGUCUGGAAGUUCCAGAGGUACUUCCUGGUGCAGGAGUACUGCAGCCGCCUCAACGUCCCCUUCCCCUUCGUGGUCUUCGCCUACCUCUACAUGGUGGUGAGGAGCUGCUUCCAGGGCUGCUGCCAGGAGGGACCCGCCCAGCCCUCCGCCUGCUGUUUCACAAAUGAAGACAACGAGACUCUGGCAUGGGAGGGCGUCAUGAAAGAAAAUUACCUGGUCAAGAUCAACACGAAGGCCAACGACGCCUCAGAGGAAAUGAGGCAUCGGUUUAGACAGCUGGAUACAAAGCUGAAUGAUCUCAAGUGUCUUCUGAAGGAGAUCGCGAAUAAAAUCAAAUGA